UCCUGUGUUUAUCUCUUACUGCUGCUCUGGUCAUUAUUUACAUCAUAUUCUUUUUUUUUCUUCUGACCAACUGUGUCACAUGGAAUAAAGGGAGGAGGGAAAAGGGGAGGGAGGAAUCCCACAAUCAGUCACCAAACUAUAUUACACAAUGGAAACACAGAUUGUCCUUCCUCUAUACAUCACACUCAGUUGAUUCUGCUUUCACAGCGUUACUUCCUCAUUCAGGACCAGAAGAACUGCUGCUUCACUCAUCCUGCUCAAAGAAAGUCACAGUAAGGACUUCUGAAGAUGGAUAAAGGAGAAGAUCCAGCUCCACCCUACACCGCCAACUAUGGAGCAGCGCCUCCACCAGGGAUGUACCCUCAGCCGGGCUUCGUCCCUGCAGGAGCUCCCCCUGCUGGAUACCAGGCAGGUCCUCCUUAUACUACCCCCACCAUGGUACCUGUUACAGUCCAAACAGGUCAUGUGAUAGUAACUCCAGCACUUCAGGACAUCCCAGGACAAACCGUGUGCCCCCACUGCCAGCAGUCAGUGACCACCAUCGCAGUGUUCAAACCGGGCCUGUUGACCUGGGCUGUCUGCGGCGGCCUCGCCUUUGUUGGGUGCUGUCUUUGCUGCUGUAUCCCGUUCUGCAUUGAUGCCUGUAAAGAUGUGGAGCACAGCUGUCCAUCCUGCCACAAUGUUAUCUACAUAUACAAGAGAAUGUGAAACCAUCCCCUGAAAGGUCAGCUGAGUGUCAGUGUUAUUCUGUAUCUUAUUAAUAGUCUUACUUAUUCAAGAACAUUCCUGGGAUGUUGGACAAAAUGGUCCAAAACUGAACUCCUGACUGCUCAUUAUGUGACUCUUUCCCGCUCAGUAUGAAUGAGAAAACCGUGGACAGUUAUUUUCAGCAAUCAGUGGAACCUUUGUAAUUGAAGAAAGAACACAAACCAGCACACAUGAAAAUAAAAUUAACUGCCUGCUGUAGUUAUAAGUUGUUGUUUGAACAGAAGUGACUCCUGCUGGUUGUUGAACGUCUCACAUUGUCUGCUGUGCAUCUUUAUGCUUCCUCUCUGCUCCAAUGCCUCACAUUGUUCCUGUUGUCUUUUCUUGUUGCACUUGUUUUUCAUUUUUAUGUUUGCCUGAUUGAGUUUACACAGUUUUCAAUUGUUUAUUUUGGAAAAAUGAAAUCAUUGAACGUAGUCUGUCAGAACAUAAUAAAGUGAGUCUGUGAGCUGA